AUUAUUUCUUGUGGUUGGCUUUAGCUGUCCGCCAGUCUCAGUCAGCUUGAGUUUACGGGCGUAAUUGAAGCAGUUGAUUUUAAAAUAUUCUAUAUUGUGGAACAUGGGUGUUGUCACUUGGCGGCGUCUUCUUAUUGUUGCUAAACCUUGCAGUCUUUUAAUAUCGAUUUCAGUCCUACCCUUGCACUGAAAUUAAUCUUACAAAUUUCCCACACUGACAUAAGGCUAAGCUCUCACAUCUUUAUCAUAUUGCCUAUUUUUCUUUGUCUUCGUCUUCUUCUUUUUCUUCUUACUUGUUGCUUGCAGGAUUUGCCUGCUUAUGGUACAAGGACCAUAGGCAUCAUCAUGGAAAGGAACUUAGAAGAAAGCCUUGUUCUGCAUGAAGAAUCUAAGGAUAUGGCAGAAAGUGAAUUUGAUCCAUCAAUCUUGCUUUCAAUGCCCAAUUCACCAAGCCAAAAUGGCAGACCAAGCAGCAUGGUUAUCAAGGCAACACAAAGUGUAAUCCCUGCCCAUUUGGUAGCUGAAGCAAUCUCAACACUACAAGGCCUUGACUUGAGAUGGUCUGGUCCCAUAACACCCACUGAAAUGCAAUAUGUAGAGCAAUAUGUCUUUGCAAAAUAUCCUCAAUAUUGCAAUGGACUUGUGGAAGAUGGACUAAAGAUGAUCGAUGUCGACAGUCUAUCCAACAGUGACGAGUCCUUUGAGACCGUUGUUACCGACAAUAAGCAGAAAUCACCAAGGAUUGUAGGCAACAGGGAGUCCUUUUCAUCUUCAUCAACUUCUGGUAUGGCAGAUAUUGACAAUACUCAAUUAGAGGCUUCAAGGCUUCUUGAUAUCCUCACUAGGAAAACUUCUUUCCUAGGGAACUUCGUUUCAAUACCUGAAAUUCAAGCUCAAAACAGGGCUUUGAAACAUUGUGGGCUAAGUGAAGAUGAGUAUUUAGUGCUUUUCAUGCCAAAUUACAAGGAUGCUAUGAUGUUGAUUGGUGAAAGCUACCCCUUCUUUAAAGGGAACUAUUAUUUGACAAUCAUUGCUGAAGAAUCAGACUACAUAAGGGAAUUCGCUAGCCAGAGAGAAUCAAAGGUUAUUUCAGCACCAGAAACAUGGUUGGAUUUGAGGAUUAAAGGAUCACAACUUAGCCAAAACUUCAGAAGAAAAUGUAAACAUAGUCCCAAAGGGCUUUUUGCCUAUCCAGCUGAUGUAAAUGGGACGACUAGGCUUUCAAUGCAUUGGAUCUCGGAGGCACAUAGAAACUCAUGGCACGUUCUCCUUGAUGCGACCACGUUGGUUUUCAGCGAGGGCCAGCGGCUGCCACUCGCACUCCACCGACCGGACUUUGUGUUAUGUACAGUUGAUAACACCCACGCUCACCCUUCCAAGAUUACCUGCCUGCUUGUUAGGAAAAGAUCAUUUGAUACCACCUCUUCUUCUCCCUAGAUUUGCAUUUUCUUCAAGCCUUGUUUCAGUUCACAUUGCGGUAAAGAAUUAUCUACGUUUCCAAAAAUAUAUUAACCAAUA